AUGGAAGGAAAGAUAUCUCCCUUUGUUGUGGGACUAAUAGUGAUGGGCAAUAUUAUUAUUAUGCUUGCAGGGCUGGCACUUUGUGCUGAGUCAAUUUGGGUAACAGCUGAUCCCUAUAAAGUUUACCCCAUCUUGGGGGUCUCUGGCAAAGAUGAUGUCUACGCAGGCGCCUGGAUCUCCAUUUUCACUGGGUUUUGCUUCUUCUGCGUUUGCGUCUUUGGCAUCAUCAGCCUUGUGAAAAACAACCGCCUCAUGGUGUUGUUGUACCUGGUACUGAUCCUGGUUGUCUACUUAUUUGAAUGUGCCUCUUGCAUCAGCUCCUACACACAUCGUGAUUAUGUAGUAUCAAAUUCCAAACUGGUAACCAAGCAGAUGCUGGGCUUCUAUACAUCUGAUACACCCCAAGGCCGGGAACUCACCCGGAUGUGGGACCGUUUCAUGAUGGAGACAUAG